UCCGUCCGUCCGUCCGUGCGGCGGCCGGGGGGCGCGGGGCGGGGUCGGGGUCGGCGCGGGUUCGAGACCCGGCCAUGGCGGCGGCGGCCGCUCGGUGGCCCUGGGCCCUGCUGUGCCUGGCGGCGGCCCCGCUGUUGUGCCCCGCGGCGGCCGGCUUGUCUUGUUGUUACCAUGCGAAGGACAAUUUAAUGUGCCGUGAUGUCUGUGAACAGAUUUUGUCUUCUAAGAGUGACUCCCGUUUGAAGCACUUACUGCAGCGAGCACCUGAGUAUUGUCCAGAAUCCAUGAGAGAAGUGUGGGGUUGUAUAAAUUCUUCUUUGCCAGGAGUUUUGAAGAAGUCUGAUGGGUGGGUUGGUUUAGGCUGCUGUGAGCUGGCUAUUGCUGUGGAGUGUCGGCAGGCGUGUAAGCAGGCUUCUGCAAAAAAUGAUGUUUUAAAGGUCUGCAGGAAGGAAUACGAGAAUGCUCUCUUUAGUUGUAUUAACAGAAAUGAAAUGGGGUCAGUCUGUUGCAGUUACGCGGGUCACCACACCAACUGCCGCGAGUAUUGCCAAGCAAUUUUUCGGACAGACUCCUCUCCUGGUCCCUCCCAAAUUAAAGCAGUUGAAAAUUACUGUGCGUCUAUCAGCCCUCAGCUCAUACACUGCGUGAAUAACUACACACAGUCGUACCCAAUGAGAAACCCCACAGACAGUUUGUAUUGCUGUGAUAGAGCAGAAGACUAUGCGUGUCAGACUGCUUGUAAAAGAAUUCUAAUGUCAAUGAAAACAGAGCUUGAAAUUGUGGAUGGACUUAUAGAAGGCUGUAAAACCAUGCCUCUCCCUCAGGACCCACUUUGGCAAUGUUUUCUUGAGAGUUCAAGAUCUGUUCACCCCGGAGUCACUGUGCACCCCCCACCUUCAACAGGCCUCGAUGGAGCUAAGCUCCAUUGCUGUUCUAAAGCAAACUCUUCCACAUGUAGAGAGCUCUGCACUAAACUUUAUAGCACGAGCUGGGGCAAUUCACAGAGCUGGCAAGAAUUUGAUCGCUUUUGUGAGUAUAAUGCAGUUGAAGUUUCCAUGUUGACCUGUUUAGCAGAUGUACGAGAACCUUGUCAGCUGGGCUGUAGAAAUCUUACUUACUGCACUAAUUUUAAUAACAGACCAACAGAACUAUUUAGAAGCUGCAAUACUCAGUCAGACCAGGGAGCCAUGAAUGACAUGAAGCUGUGGGAAAAAGGGAGUAUUAAGAUGCCUUUCAUAAAUAUUCCUGUGCUUGAUAUUAAAAAAUGCCAGCCAGAAAUGUGGAAAGCAAUUGCCUGCUCCCUGCAGAUUAAACCUUGUCACAGCAAAUCUAGAGGAAGUAUUAUCUGCAAAUCAGAUUGUGUGGAAAUACUGAAAAAGUGUGGAGAUCAUAAUAAAUUCCCUGAAGGCCACUCAGCUGAGAGUAUUUGUGAGCUCUUGUCUCCAACAGACGACCUGGAGAACUGUAUACCCUUGGAUACUUACCUGAGCCCAAGUUCUUUAGGUAACAUUGUAGAAGAUGUCACACAUCCCUGUAAUCCAAACCCAUGUGCAGCUAAUCAGCUGUGUGAAGUAAAUAGAAAAGGAUGUCAAUCUGGAGAGCUGUGUCUUCCAUAUUUGUGUGUGCCAGGCUGCAAGCUGGGAGAAGCCUCGGAUUUUAUUGUCCGACAAGGAACGCUCAUCCAGGUUCCAUCCUCAGCUGGUGAUGUUGGCUGUUACAAGAUUUGUACCUGUGGGCACAGUGGCUUGCUGGAGAACUGUAUGGAAAUGCGUUGUGUUGACCUCCAGAAAUCGUGCAUCGUUGGAGGACAAAGGAAAAGCCAUGGAACAUCCUUUAAUAUAGAUUGCAAUGUCUGUUCCUGUUUUGCUGGAAACUUGAUUUGUUCCACACGUCAGUGUCUAACUGAGCACAGCUCGGAGGAUGAACGCCGGAAGUUUACAGGUUUGCCCUGUAACUGUGUGGACCAGUUUGUCCCAGUCUGUGGCCAGAACGGGCGCACGUAUCCCAGCGCGUGCAUAGCUCGCUGUGUUGGGCUCCAGGACAACCAGUUUGAGUUUGGCUCGUGUAUUUCCAAGGAUCCUUGCAACCCAAACCCUUGUAAUAAAAAUCAAAGGUGCAUACCAAAGAAACAAGUUUGCUUGACCAGUUUUGAGAAGUUUGAAUGCAGCCAGCAUGAAUGCGUGCCAAGGCAGUUAAAUUGUGACCACACACGGGAUCCUGUUUGUGACACAGACAAUGUGGAAUACACUAACUUGUGUACUUUGUACCAAAAAGGGAAAAGUUUGGCAUACCGAGGACCAUGCCAGCCCUUCUGCAGGUCGCCGGAGCCCGUGUGCGGGCACAACGGGGAGACCUACGGCAGCGUCUGCGCCGCCUACGCCGAGCGCGUGGCCGUGGACUACCAGGGCCCCUGCCAGGCCGUGGGAGCGCUCUCCGACCGCGGCUCCCACUCCGAGUGCGCCUUCGUCAGCUGCCCCCAGCUCUCUGCCACCGCCUGCAAACCCGUCCUGGCGCCAGGAGCCUGCUGUCCACUAUGUGCUGGAAUGCUGAGAAUCUUAUAUGACAAAGACAAGCUGGAUAAUUUUGCAAGGGUAACAAAUAAAAAGCCUAUAACAGUACUUGACAUACUUGAAAAAAUCCGCCUGCAUGUGUCAGUGCCACAGUGUGAUGUGUUUGGAUACUUAAGCAUCGAAUCUGAAAUUGUGAUUCUCAUCAUUCCUGUGGAUCAGAACCCCAAACCACUGCAGAUUGAAGCCUGCAAUAAAGAGGCAGAAAAGAUCGAGUCUCUGAUCAAUUCGGACAGCCCAACAUUAGCAUCACACGUGCCACUGUCAGCUCUAAUUGCAUCUCAAGUACAAGUUUCAUUUAGCAUUUCUUCUGCUUCUGCUCAAGUGCUGCCUGCUCUGCACUCCCUGUUCAUAAGCCUUCUGUUCACCUUGGCAUCAGCAUUGAGAUACUGCAUGUAACUGCUUGGGAGAUUUGCACCAGCACUGUGGCAUUUGUGUUGUGAAGGACGUUUGGAGCUGUUGAUCACUGAACCAGAAAACAAAAAACAUGCAAGAUUUGAUGAACUUAACAUUCUUCAAUGAAGGACUAAAAGUAUUUGAAAAAUGUGAAAAGAUUACUCUCUUAUUCAUAACUAGUCAGAUGACUGUUUCAGCACAAUUAGAUUGUUUUCCAUGGAUCUUGGAAACAUAAAUAUGCUCUGGAAGGUUCUGACAUUAUGGAUUUAUGAUUUUGAGAAGGGAUCUUAUGGGGUUUUUUCAGCCAUGAACUAAACAGUGUUUUGAGUUUACUGAAGAAUGCUAAUUUUAUAUUAUUCAGAUGCAUAUCAGUGACAAAGAAAGCAUGCACCUAUUUUAAACAUCAUUUUUGGAAGAAACAGAUUGCUGCUACUUAAUUACCAAAAAUUUAAGAGUUUAUUCUCAUGUAAAUAUGCUUUCAUAUUUUAUUAUGAAGAAAACUAAUUAGCCCUGGGGCUAUUUCAGUAGACAUCUUUCCUUGGACUAGUGAAGACUUGCAGGACUUUGGGCUCACUGCUUGUAAAAUGACAAUCAAGCUCUAUGCUAGUACCUGACUUCAGUGAAGAGAUGUGUUCUUUUGAUAGUUUUGUACAUUUCAGAAUCUCGUAUUGGAUGCAAAAUAUAAAGAAUCUCAGUAUCUAUAUUUAAGUGCCAUUUAAGAUAUUGCAGUAUUUGCAUGUUAUCUAAUGAAAUUUAUACUUUAAAUGUUUAUACAAACAGUAUGUUUUAUUACUUAUUGUAUUUUAUGCACCUGACUUUACUCUACAUGAAGUAUUUUAUAUCAGUAUUAUAAUAGCCAAGUUUUGAAGUAUAUACAGAAAAACUUAUUUUUGCCAAAAUGCUGAACUUUGAAAGAAAGCACUGAAAACUUUUUUGAACAUGUAUGUUGUAGCAUGUUUGUAGCAAUUAUUUUCUGCUAAAUCUUUUAAAUGCAAAAGCAUUAAAGCUUUUUAUUUUAAUAAA